CUCACAAUAUUGUAGAGUCGGUAAAAAUUGAUCCGGAGCCACAAGCUUCUUCCAAGGCACCAGUAACUGGUCAUCGUCGUCCAUCUACUGCGAUUGGUGGCCACUCUCCAGCUAGCCUCUCCCGGCGACUGAGCAUGCCGUCGCAAACAGCUCCCGCCAUCCUCAACUUCUCACUCACUGGCUCUGACACUCAAGAUAAAGGAUGGGUGGUGCAUGCUGAGGAGAUCAAGGACCCAGAGAUGGCAACACUGCGUAUCUGGGACAGGAAAUCCAAAGAGAGACUCAGGAAAAGAGAAGAAGAGAAGAUGCUGGCAAAGCAGAGAAACGCAGACGGCCCCCUAAUAGUGAAAUUCUACAGUGACCCCCAAACACGAAGCCUCCGAUCCAAGCACCAGCGCUCUGCCACCUUCCCCCUGCCUGCCGUCCUCAACAGACUUCCCCCCAGCGUGGCAAAUUUCACGACCCCCGGGGUGGCAAGUGGUGAUGUCAUGAUGAUUGGGGAAGGAGCGGAACUGGCUGUUCUCAUCAUGCCCGAUGGUUCUGGCCAUGCCAACUAUCACAGCAGGUGUGGUCAGCGGCAGGCAGUGUGCCAGAGCCGAGCUGACCAGGAAUCCAGCGGACUCUACACCGUGGCCUACGAUGACACAGAGGCCAACUCUGUGCUGGGUUGCUUCACUCCCGAGGGCAGCGGCUGGUGCUACUACCCGGGACCAGCCUGCACCCUCCACAUGUUCUAUGACACUACUGAGCUUCGAAUGUACAAUGAGGAUGGACACAUCACACGAAAGAGUCUAUGGGCCAGUGACAAGGCAUCAGUCUCCAUACAACUGAACCCCUGUCUGUCCUUCCACUGCACCGGACCCGCCAACAUGGUCCUCAGGUUCUCAUGCAGGGGACAGACCUACAAGUUCAACGUCAGCCCUCCAACCACUGUGGAAGGUUCCCAGCCAGUUGAGAAGACAGGAGAUGGUGGUGACCAUACUCUGCAGUCAGGACUGGAGUUUAUCUCUGACACGGCUCGAGCCCACACCCAGCCAGUGGCCACGUCUCCUCCAUCUACUGCCAAACCACAACAGAAAGCCAAGAAGGUUUUGAAGAGAAACACGGUAAUGAGGCAAAAAUGGUUCGUCACAGAUGUAUUAUGCGGUGGGGAUUCAUAGAGUCCAGUGUCGUUUUAAAGAAGCAAAAAUCGAAUGCUAGUAUGCCAGCAUCAAGUUGUGGUAUACUACAAAAGCAUUUCAGUGUGUGCCUAGGGUUCCUUUUCCGCUGCUGGCAUUCUGUUCCACAGAUUGUAGGUUGAAACUAUUAGUACCCCAUCAUUGGCAAAGUAACUUCCCACCUCCUCCCACAUAACUCUGCGUAUGUCUCCCUCCUAUAUAUACAUCCCAUAGGAACACGUGGUGGGUCGCAGUCGCAGUGUGAGUCUGGCAGUCGGAGAUGAGGCGGAAGAGGAGGUGGCCAGACAGAUGGACCUCACAAGCCUGGACAAAACUCUGACUCACUACCGAGACAGAGUCAGGAGCACAGUGGAUGAGUGGAUGAGUCACUAUCGUCAGGUCAUGGGUAUCAGUAUCCCAGCCCACCUCCGGGCAUCCCUCUCUCGCUCCUCCUCUCCCUCUCCCGGAGGCUGUCUCCUUGCAACUCCUCUGAGGCUCACCUCCUGCAGGAGCUAUACCGGUGAACUCAUGCACUCGCGUCCGAUCUCCCAAUCUACAAGGUUCCACACUCAUCCGCUCCCCUCGCGAGUGGCCUCACCGUUUGGAGGUCAGAGGUCACCCCAAGCUAGCCCCGAGGGAGGAGAGAACAUGGACUCAGUGCUGCGAGAGACCACACCUAUUUCUCCUUCACUCACUCCACCGUCUGUUUUUGACUGUGGGCCUGAGAGACCAAGAGGCCAAAGGUCGAGGGGAGGAGGGAAGGUCCGCGGACGAAGCAGCUCUGUACCCGGGAAGAGCCGAGGCUGCCCGGUGGCUCUACACAAUCUUCUGCUGAAGAACUUCGCCACAAUGUCACCAUGCAAGUGUGACAAGAGAAGACCACCCUACGUCUGUGAUCUGGAAUACGACGCAUUCCUCUCGUCUCACGUCCCCAGCUCACAAGUGGUCGUUGUGUGUGUCCUCUCGUCAGUUGUGGAGGGAUCGUGUCCGUGUGAACCUAUGUUGGACGCACUUCACUACAGCUUCAACAGACAGCGGUUUUCACCCUGCACUCAGUCUAUGGGAGAUCAGUUUCGAGUGCUGAAGUAUGAUCUCAGCCACUCGCUGUCAGGAACAAACAGAACUACACCUCUACUGGCAGAGAGACAUGGAGUCUGGCCCGGAAUGUUCCUGAUGUAUGUUGGAGGUCGACUAGUGUACGCUGACAGUGUAUUCAAUGGAUAUGGAACAACAAAGAAAGACUUCUUGAAGCAAGUUGAUAAGUGUACCCAAGAAGUGUCCCGAGGCCACUACAUCCCAACAGACUAUCGGUUCACGUCCCACAGUGGAGGCAAGCACCCAGCCUCCACCUCAUGGGCCUACCCUCUCAGUGGGGUACUGAGCUUUCUUGUGCCAUUUUCUCCCUCUCUCUCCACCUCCUCUCACCUCUCCUCCGGCCGUCAGACUGCAAGUGGAGGAGAUGAAGACAACCAGGAGAUGUCCCUUCAAUUAUCAAGGCUAAGUGGUGGUCUGAGGUCAGGACUGGACCUCUCCCAUUCUGGUGCUCUCUCGCAGCUGAGUUAACCCUCUCUCCACAGCUCGGUUAACCCUCUGCUCACAGCUCAGUCAACUGCAAACGUUUUGUUAACUAACAACAAUUUUGUUUACUUUCAAUGUUGCGUGUUUUCUUGUGCUAUAUUUUCCAUUUUAUUGUGUGUAUUUGUGUGUGAGUGUUGUUGUUCAUUUUCUAGACUAAAGAAUGUGCUUGC